ACAAACAUACAUACUUUAGGAGUAACAAUUUGGGAAAUUUGUACAUUUGGGAACCACCCCUAUGAAAAUAUCCCCAUCCAAAGUUUGGUGGACCAACUCGAGAGGGGAGAGAGGUUGGCACAGCCCUCUAUAUGCACCAUCGAUGUCUACAUGGUCAUGAUCAAAUGCUGGUUGGUGGACGCUUACUCGCGUCCAUCCUUCGACGAACUAACCGAAAUAUUUGUUCAUAUGGCCCGUGAUCCUGGAAGAUAUCUUGUCAUACAGGUGUGA